AUGCCUACUGCCUUGAGAUCCAUCCUCUCGCUCCUCCUGGUCGCGCCCUCCGCCGGCUUCCGGUGCGCACCGGCAGCUCUCCGCACUGGCUAUCCCGCAGCAGCCCGCCAGCCUCUGCCGCCCGCCAUGGAGUUUGGAAAGGGCUUCGGCUCGUACUACAGCGGCUGGAUCGACUUCGUAAAGGAGUACCCGCAGGAGGACCGCGAUGCCUACCCGGCCCUCUUCGAGCUGCCAAAGGACUGCUACGAGGUGAAGCUCGACAAGCCGCUGGGCAUUGCUUUUGAGGAGGGGAGCGACGGCGGUGUCGUUGUACAGUACCUCGUCGAGGGCGGCAACGCGGAGCAGAGCGGCGUCAUCAGCGCCGGAGACGCGCUCCUCGCGACCACGGCCUGCAUGGGUCGCGACGGCACUUUCGAGCGGAAGGUGAUACCGUCCCGCUUCCUCGACUUCGACACCAUCAUGGGCGCGCCGAUGGAGAACGAGGGCGACCCGUACGACGGCGGCUCGCGCGGCGUCAAGGACUACCUCAAGUCCCUCGAGUUUCCAAAGGACUCGCCGUGGCUCAAGCGUUGA